AUGAAUGCAUCUGAGCCAGAUUCCAGCUCUCCUUAUGUGAGAGAAUUUAUUCUCCAAGGUUUCUCUUGUGAGUGGAAAAUACAAGUCCUCCUCUUCUCACUCUUCAUGACAACAUAUACCCUCACCGUAACAGGAAAUGGGGCCAUUGUUUGUGCCGUGUUGUGUGACCAGCGACUCCGCACUCCCAUGUACAUCUUCCUGGGGAAUUUCUCCUUUCUAGAAAUCUGGUACGUCUCUUCUACAGGCCCCAAGAUGUUGAUCAACUUUCUCUCAGAGAAAAAAACCAUCUCCUUUGCUGGGUGCUUCCUCCAAUUCUAUUUUUUUUUCUCUUUGGGUGGAUCUGAAUGCUUCCUUUUGACUGCCAUGGCCUUUGAUAGGUACCUGGCUAUCUGCCGUCCCUUGCACUACCCUAAUAUCAUGACUAAGAAUUUUUGUAGCAAACUGGUCAUUACCAGUUGGAUUUGUGGGUUUGUGUUGUUUGUAACCCCUAUUGCUCUCAUGUCUCAGAUGCCUUUCUGUGGUCCAUAUGUUAUUGACCACAUUGUGUGUGAUCCAGGGCCACUCUUUGCAUUGAUUUGUUCCUCUGCCCCAAGGACUCAAUUGCUUUGCUACACUCUAAGCUCCUUGGUUAUCUUUGGUAACAUCUCUGUUAUUCUUAGCUCCUAUGCUCUUGUCCUAAUAGCUGUACUGCAUAUGCCUUCAGCCACUGGGAGACAUAAAGCCUUCUCCACCUGUGGGUUCCAUUUGGCUGUGGUAUCACUGUUCUAUGGUUCUCUGAUGGUCAUGUACGUGAGCCCCAGCCUUGGACACUCUGCUGGGAUGCAGAAAGUUGCAACUUUGUUCUAUGCUAUGGUGACUCCUCUCUUCAACCCUCUCAUCUACAGCCUCCGGAACAAGGAGAUAAAGGCAGCCCUGAGGAAAAUUUAUAUGUUUCCUUCCUCAAAGAUAUCUCGCUCUCUGAAGCCAGCAACAGAAGCUUCAAACAAAGCAGUACCAAGGAUGGAAAAACCUCUGUUCUCUGCUGUCCUACCUCCAUCACUGUUGGCUCUCAUGAGCCAUGACUUAGUGAGCUGGGCAUGGACUGCGCCUGACUGCACGGUUGCAGACAGCUCCCUACUGGCUAACCUCUCCUACUACAUUCUUGGCCUCAGGACUGCACCUUUUCGCAUCCUGCUGCAAUGUUAA